AUGAACCUACCUGAUUCUCUUCCAGCUUUAUCAACUCUGCAAGGACUUCCUUUAAAUAAAGAACUUCGAACAAACGAAGCUGAAUUUCGUUUUGAUUCGUUAGCAACACAUAUGAAGUCUGUGAAAACAAAUAUUGCAUUCGCUGCAGAAGAUUGUACAUCAGUUAUUAAGAAAAUAUCUUACGAUACUCUUACGAAUUCAUUUGCGGGUUUUUCUGUACCUUUAAAUGACAGAAUACCUGCUACUUUACAUUAUCAAACAGAUUCUUUUAGAAGGCUUCUUGAAUGGUUUUCUCGUGAAGAUUAUUCGCCUUUGAUUAAUAUCUAUAUGAUUCAGCGCAUCACUAAUAUGCAAGUGUCACCAAAUUCAUUUUUACUUUCCGCCUUUGGAGCUAAUAAUGAAUAUAAAUCAAUUGAUAUUAUCCGUCGUUGA